AUUAUUUCAUGGAAGGUAUUACUCAAAAACCCGUAGUUGUUCCGAAGCCAGGGACUCCUAAAAAGAAAGAGAAACCAAAGGAAAAAGAGGAUGAAACCCAAGUGUGUCCCAGGAUGAGGAAAGCCAAAGUUCCACAUUAUGAUACCACAGCAACCUUUGAAUGAUGAUGGAGAGCUUGUAUAUUGCCUUCCUCGGGUUCAUCCUUUUAAUGCGCUUUACAACCCAUAUGACCUUCAGGUAGUGUCCACCUCCAAGGCUAAACAAAGUGAAGAAUUUUGGAUUGUUACUGCAUCGUUUGUCUCAAAGGUUGUCAAUAAAGUUGAGGGCAUGGAUGUAGGAGAACUCACGCCUACUUUGCGAUGGCUAUCGGAAAGAAAAUACUGCUACUUAUUACAGCAUUUCAAGAUAUUUUCCAAAUUCCGAAUUAAUAAAACCUUUGUAACUUGGAGAUUGAAUGUUAAAAGAAUGAAGCCAGAAAGGAGCAAGUAAGUCUUGAUAUGCCAUGUGUUUAUAUAAGUUUCAAAAGCCAAAGUUUGAAAGUGUAGUGUGAGAGCAGGUACAGUACAAUUAGAAAGUCACAAUGCACUGCCUUUAUGAUUCAAUCUAACCGACUUUAAGUGCUUUUUUUCCCUAAUGUACCAUUUUGUGAUCACCAUACUAUAAAGGACCUUGGUGAGCAUUCUUAGUCACCUAAUCUCAUCUUUUUGCCUAUGGGAAGAAGAGGGAUGAAGCCGUAUGAGACAGUUAAUUCUGUUUUGUAGGAUCUCCGGGAGUCAGGGUUUUCUUUAAUAGGGUUGCUGGUUUUAUUACAUUUUUUGAGAUUGUGGUGAUUAAGAUGCAGUUGUAAGAAAAUAUACCAUAAGUCCCCCACUUGUCUUUUCCUGUUUUCCUCCAAGAGGAUAAUAUCUUGCAAAAGCUUUAGAUGAUCAUGGCAAUAUUCAGGACAUUUGCCUUGGUGUAAUCAAAUACAGACUCAUCUCUACCACCACAGGAUCCCUACUGUUGACUUUUAGGCUAUUUGCACUUGUUACCUUGUUCCUGUUUCUACUGUCUCCUUAACCUGUGGCAACCACUGGUAUGUCCCCCUUUCUAUAACUUUGUCUGACCAGGAAUGAUAUCAUUAACAAUAAGAGGAUAUUGUUGGAGUUACAUAGAUUAUGGAUGUUCAGGUACAUGUACUUAUCUUCAGACAGAUCAAAUGAUACACACUGCAUAUUUGUAUCGCUUGUUAAUGAGGACAUGACAAAAUGGUUUUAGAAAGAUAUUAUAUAAGAAG